AAGACUUUCUCGACUUUCAGAAUCACAGAGUUUUAGAACAGCUUUAGAGCCGUACAAAAUUAUUCCGUUGAAAAUACAUCACCAGCCUAGACUAUAUCAAAAUGGUUCCCACAAGACGAGUUCGCUCCAAGGAAAAGAAGAUAACCUCCUCUAAAGUUCCCAAAACAAAUCCCCAGCAGCAGCGUUACCUGAAAACCCGCUUCAGGAAAACUAAGCCCGUAGCAAAACAAUCUUCUGUGCCCCCGAACCAGAGGAUCUGGCGAAGGACUGCGGUUCAGACCAAGCCAAAGGUACACAAGAAGCUUCCCAAGCUAUUCCGCAUGGAUAGGCAUACAGGACUUCCCGUGGACUACGAACGGACUGUUCAGCGGGUGAUGCACUACGUGAAUCCCCAACUGGCCAAUCGGCCUAGUGCCGAAGGUGUUCUAGAGAACUUACUGGCCAAAGCUUUGGUCGAGGCGAUGCGACAGAGCGACGGCGGUAUGAUGCAGACCACCAAUAUGCAAUCCUUGUUCAAGGGCCACUGCAAGUGCCAUAGGACGAGGCUGUUGCCUAGUGUGAAUGAUAGCAAACGCGAGGCGAACGACAGUUUGAGCCAAUUCCAUAGCGCCUGCAAACGGGGGCCGUGUCCAUCUCCCAAGCCUAAACUUGGUCCCACCUACACGAGUAAGUUCAACUUCAACCAGCUGAAGAUCAAAAGCUGUUAGAUGUGGUGGAAACCUAAUGUCGAAGGUGUCCAAGGAUGUAUCGUCCCAGUGGAAAGAGAGUCUAUAGAUCUACAUGAAGCUUUGCAAUAAAUAAAUCUUAUACUU